UCGUCCACGAAGCGGAUUACUGCGUUUGCUGCUACAUCAUCUCAGCUGAUCCGGAGGAUUCCCUCUGCAGGGAAACAAACAAGCCCUGCCUGUAUGCUCAGCUCUGCACGCCACCAUGGAUUUCAACGUCAAAAAACUGGCUUCUGAUGCAGGGGUCUUCUUCACCCGAGCUGUGCAGUUCACAGAGGAGAAACUGGGCCAGGCUGAAAAGACAGAGCUUGAUCCUCACUUGGAGAACCUGAUCACUCGGGCUGAUGGCACCAAGAACUGGACUGAAAAGAUCCUGAGACAAACAGAGGUGCUUCUGCAACCCAAUCCAAUUGACCACACUGGUGCUCGAAUAGAAGAGUACAUCUAUGACAAGCUGGACAAGAAGCUUCCCUCCAAGGCGACCAACGCAGAGCUGCUGGGCCAGUACAUGCUGGAAGCUGCCAAUGAUUUUGGUGCAGUGACGCCAUACGGGAGAAAAUGGAAGUGGAAGAGUUAUUUUGAGAAGGGUCCAACUGCAGUCCACCCUCCUGAAGCCCCUAGUGAGUCAAUGGGAGUUGAGCAUGACCUCCCUAGUAGAGUUCCGUAUGGAAAAGAGAGACGACUGCUGGAGAAUCGACGGCUGGAUCUUGACAUCUGCAAAGCCCGUCUGAAAAAAGCCAAGCAGGCAGAAGCCAAAGCAGCGCUGCUCAGUGAGGAGGUAGACAAAUCAGAGCAUGAGCUGCGCGUCGCUCAGACAGAGUUCGACCGACAAGCUGAGGUCACCAGACUGCUUCUGGAAGGCAUCAGCAGCACACAUCUCAACCACCUGCGUUGUUUGCAUGAUUUUGCGGAGGCUCAGGCCACGUACUACGCCCAGUGUCAUCACUACAUGCAGGACCUUCAGAGGGAGCUCAACAGAUGUGCUAAUGCCGUUGGGGCCCCCCUCCCCCCUGCUGCUGUCUGCCCAAACCCCGUCUCCUCUGCUUUCCUGUCUGGACCGUCAUCUCCUGGAGCCACUGUCUCCACAUCAUCCGGCCAAAGGCCCAGCACGCUGGCUAUGGAGCAGAUACAGCUCCCUGUCACAGGCGCUAGAAAGGCUAAGGUCCUGUAUGACUAUGAUGCUCAUGACGCCAGCGAGCUUUCCCUGUUGGCUGAUGAGGUACAGUAGGAUAUUCUGAGUUAUACCCCACAUACUAAUGUUAUGGCUAUGGCUGAGCUACUAAACCCCUUGUGCAAGAUAAUGUGAGGCAACUGGAAAAAUAAUUGAAAAAUAUUUAUUGGAAGCUAAAGGAAUAGAUAUGAAUCAGUAAUGAACAAAAACAAAACCCAAUAAAAUCACUUUUCUUUUUAUGUGUAGAAAGAAAGCAGUGGUUCUCAACCUUUUUUCUUAAGGGACCCCUUUUCUAUAAUUUAGUAAACAGACACUUUGUCAUGAACCCGCUUUUAGCUCAUGACUAAGAAGGGAGACCACACAGACAAUUUAACAGUUCCAAGCCAAAAUAAAUUUAACACCCCCCGCAUUAGAGUGGAGACCCACCAGGUACUCCGCAGAAAUAUUACAGGGAAUUACUAUAUUCCACUGUACAAACAACAGUCAAAUCAGUACCAAACAAACAAAAAACCUUUACUUCUACUUUCGGCUUAUACAAAAUCCCAAACACUUUAACAUAAUCCAUCUAAACACUCACCCUCUCUGCAACCUCCGUACCUUUAGGAGUAUUUAAGAUAAAUUAAUACAGACCAACACAGAGACACAAGAAGGCCCAAAUCGGGGCAACCCUAAUCGGACUUUUAAAAAGCACGAGACAGGGCAUCAGCCAUGACAUUGUCAGUACCUUUUUAUAUGGCGAAUAUCCAAAUGGUAAGGUUGCAGAAAUAAGGCCCAUCUCAUUAAACGCUGAUUCGGAUUUUGCAAGGAAUGCAAAAAAGUAAGGGGGGUUAUGGUCUGUGUACACUACCAGUGGAGUCCCGGAACAAAUAUACACCUCAAAAUGCUGCAAUCUCCAAAUUAAUACCAAAUUUUUUUUCGUUUGCGUUUGACAUUGUCGGUUCCUCCAAAGCAAUCAACAACAAAUCAAUCUUUACUCUAUCUUAAUUGACUUUAACGUCUGCUGUCUGCUAAACAGAACUCUAUAACAACGCAGUCCCUCCUACCGUACCACUUGGCAGUUGCUAGCUGCAUGUCUCUGCCUGAAGUGAUCAUCUUUUUUACAGACAAAGUUAGUCUUGUUAAAAGAAAAGUAAUGCCUGCAAAAAAAACAAGGACCGCUGCCCCCAAAUAACUAACGCAAACGCUUCUCCAUCUGUGGAUCCUCCUGCGUACCCCUGAAUGAGAAUUGUGGCACUUUGCUUGAGUUACUGCACCAGCCAGGAACAACCCUACCUCAGGUUCAGAAGCUGUUACUUCUAUCUGACAGUAAAGGGAAUGGUAAAUGGUGGACCUGUACUUGUAUAGCGCCUUCCUAGUCUUCCAACCACUCAAAGCGCUUUUCCACUACGUGCCAUAUUCACCCUUU